AUGGGUGCUUGCAAUUGUGUAGGUGAAAAGAAAGAGCAAGGUGGUGUUGACGUGGAACAAAAAGCUAACUCAUCAACUAAAAUUCAGCAGCAAGCUGAGACUUCUAAUGAUGCAGCCCAAGAAUUUUCUUUAUCUAUUAACAUCACAGCAAAACCUCCUUCAUAUCAAAUAAUCCAAGUUCAGUCAGCAGUUCGAGGAUAUAUCGCAAGAAAAAUAUUUGCAUCCACAUCCAAACAGCUUUCAAAUGCCGCAUUGGACUCUAUGAAUAAUCAUGAACUCAACGAUGUCCCAGAAAAUCUAUCAACGGAAGAGGCUCUCCAAGCAAAACUAAGGCUUGGCCCAUAUGAAUUCGACAAAGCUCCUACUCCUGGCACUACUUGGCGCGGGCCGACCAAAUUGCCAGAUGGAGCUGUAUAUGAAGGGGAAUGAAAUUCACGUGGAAAAUCCCACGGAAAAGGCAUAAUGUAUAAUACUGAUGGAGGAAUUAUUGAAGGCAAUUGAAGAAAUGGGAAGCCUAAUGGCCAAGCACGAAGAAUUUUCCCUAACGGAGACGUUUAUACUGGCGAAUUUUUUGAAGGAAAAAUGCACGGAGAAGGAAAAUUAGAAAGCAAUAGUAAAAGCAGCUUUGAAGGGGGCUGGAAAGAAGACAAACAAAAUGGGUUUGGAAUAGAAUCCUGGCCAGAUGGGGCAAGAUUUGAAGGCCAUUAUAUAGAUGGAUUUAAAGAAGGAAAAGGCAAAUUUGUGUGGGCUGAUGGAAGCAGCUAUGAAGGAGAUUUUGUAGCUAGCAAUAUUGAAGGCAAAGGGAAGUAUAUUUGGAAUAAUGGAAGAGAGUAUGAAGGAGACUGAAAAGACAAUAAAAUGCAUGGGUAUGGCACUUUCAGAUGGAGUGAUGGGAGACUUUAUGAAGGAGACUAUAAUAUGGAUAAAAAAGAAGGGUUUGGAGUGUUCCAUUGGCCUAAUGGGAAAAAGUAUGAAGGAUUUUGGAAAGAUGGAAAACAGCAUGGUGAGGGCACAAUGUUUAAUGUGAAAGGAAAACCAAAAAAAGGAGUUUGGAAAAAUGGGAAACCAGUAGAAAAAGAAUAG